UGGGUGCUGGUCUGGCUGGCGACGCGCGUGCCCUGUGGCCAAACACUGAUCAGUGAGUGCAAACUACCAGCACAGUGUGUGACUGUGACUGUAGGAGAGAGAGAGAGAGAGAGAGAGGGAGGGGAGACAAACUGCUUCACACUUUCCCCAGUGCACAAGAGAGACAGAGGCUGCAUGUGCACAGUUUUGCUCAAAGAUCUCCAAAGACUCUCAGCAUCCCACAGAUUCAAUCAAAAGCAACAACAAAAAAUCAGCUGUUGUCAAACAUGGAUGAAGGAAUCCCUCGUUUGCAAGACAGGCAGUUGCUAGAACAUGUGGAUUUUAUAGGACUGGACUAUCCAUCCUUGUAUUUGUGCAAACCCAAAAGAGGCAUGAAAAGAGACGAGAGUAAGGAAACAUACAAACUGCCACAUAGAUUGAUAGAAAAGAAGAGACGAGACAGGAUUAAUGAAUGCAUUGCUCAGCUAAAAGAUUUAUUGCCUGAGCAUCUGAAAUUGACGACAUUGGGGCAUCUAGAGAAAGCUGUAGUUUUGGAAUUAACUUUGAAACACUUGAAAGCUUUAACAGCCUUAACGGAGCAACAGCAUCAGAAUAUAAUUGCUUUACAGAAUGGGGAGCGGUCUAUGAAGUCCCCCAUUCAGUGCGACCUGGAUGCUUUCCAUUCGGGAUUUCAAACGUGCGCCAAAGAAGUCUUGCAAUACCUCUCCAGGUUUGAAAGCUGGACUCCCAGAGAGCAGAGAUGUGCCCAGCUCGUAAACCAUCUGCACGCGGUUUCCACUCAGUUCUUACCCAGCCCCCAGCUGUUGACUCCACAGGUCCCUGUGAGCAAAGGAUCCUCCUCCUCCUGUACACAAGAUCGCACCGGGCAAAAGCUGGAGGCUCAGACUAACUGCGUCCCUGUCAUCCAGCGGACUCACCCGCCCGUGGAGCUCGGCGGGGAGAACGACACCGACACGGAUAGCGGCUAUGGGGGGGAGAGCGAGGGCCGGCCGGAUCGAGAGAAAGGCCAAGCGGCUGGGCUGCCCGGCGUGACUAUCAAACAGGAGCCUGCCGGGGACGAGGCCCCAGCGCCCAAGAGGCUGAGGCUGGAUUGCAGCAGCAGCGCCACGCUCCCUGCCGCCGCCGCCGCCGCGCUGAGCCCGGAGCACCAGGCAGCUGCUGCCCUGCUGAGACCCGACGCCGCCCUGCUCAGCUCCCUCAUGGCCUUUGGCGGGGGCGGGGCUGCUUUUGGCCCGCAAGCCGCCGCCGCCCCCCUUUGCCUGCCCUUCUACUUCAUCUCCCCCUCCGCGGCCGCGGCCUACAUGCAGCCCUUGCUGGACAAGAGCAACCUGGAGAAAUAUCUGUACCCAGCCGCCGCCCCCAUCCCUUUGCUCUACUCCGGAAUCCCGGCCCAGGCCGCCGCCGCCGCUGCCUUCCCCUGCCUGUCCUCGGUGCUGGCGCCGGCUGAUAAGGCGAACGCAGCCGCCGCCGCCUCGGCCCUUCUGCCUCUUGACAUGGUCUCUGCCGGGCAGCACCUGCCCCAUCUCUUCGCUGCUGCCUGCGAGACUGGGCCCAGCCUGGACAGUGACCUUCCCUCCCCGGAAGAUCUUUUGCAGCCCGGAAAGGAAAGCCCCUGAACUGUGCUACAGGACAUAAGAUUCAGCCCACCCAUGCUCCCUAGUAGGGAGGAAGAAGGAGCCCAUCCUAAUAAAUAAUAACAGCAACAAUCAGAAACAACCCACCUACCCACGUUGUGGUUUUAAAGGAGAAAGUGUAAUAGAUUUGCACGAUGUUUCUGUUGUGGUUGUUUUAUUUCUUUGGUGUUCUCUCCUGCUGCGUUCCUUCCCCACCAACAAACCAAUUUUUCUGCUGUAAAAGAUCCUUUGCAUUUCUGUGUUUCACACAGAAUCACAACUUGUCUCCACAUUUACCGAAAGGGAGCAAAUAGAAACAGGCUUCAAAUCAAACGUUUUGUAAGCCAGAGGGUCAGAUUCAGUUUCUGAUCCAGAGUGUCAGUGACAUUUGAAAGUGGGUAGGCAAAAAAAGUUGCCCUGGGAGUCACAGGCUAUGGUUAUGGCCUCUCUAGAGAUGUGUAUUAAUAAUAAUAACAAUAUAUAGAAGCAAAUGAAGAUCAUACAGUAUCUGACUCAAUGUAGGGUGGGAGUGCUUAACUCUAGAGGCCUCUGCCACUGCUUGAGAAUCUUUAAGGAUUACAUUUGCUACUCAGUAUUUUUUUAAUGUUUGGCUUUAUAAAUGCAUAAAUACAUUACAAAAGAAAAGAAAGAAAAAAUAGUAAGGAUAUGCUUUUCUCUAAAGUAAACGUUGCACCUUAUUUUGAAAUGUUUUUCUGUAGUAUCUCUAUGUUCCACUUAGUAAUUUGCACUUGUUUAAAGAGACUUGGAUUGGUUCAUUAUCAGAAUGGGGGAGAGGGGAGAGAAAGAGAAGGUGAGUUUUAAGUACAUACGUUCGCACUUUAUUGAGAAAUGGACCAUGAAUGAAUUGAUCUUGAGCCCAGUCCUUCAGUGCUUUGAGUACCCAGAGUUGCUACUGGCUUCAGUCAGAGUUUUGGAUGCACAAGGAAUAGAGGGUCAGGCCUAUGCUAUGAUUUCUUCUUAGCUAAGGUAUAGAGGUAUGGCAAGUGCAUUUGUUUCCACCUGUCCUUAUUUAAUUUCAGUAUUUUCCUGAGUUUUUAUAACCUUGCUUUAUAAAACAAACAUUUCUGCACUGAAAAAAAAAAAACUGACAACCCUGAACUAAUUGUAUCCCAAAUUAAAAACUGGAGGAAAUUAUUAAACAUCUCAGUUUUUAAUUGGAAAUGCUUAGAAGAUAUGGGAUAAGGUCCCAUGCAGUCCUUUUGUCUCCAAAUAUUGUGAUUUCCCUUUCUGGAGACUGUACAGCUGCCAGAUAAUCACACAGAUAAAGCUUUAUUAAUAAGGCUUAAAACAAGACCUUGCCUAGUUAUUUUUAGUUUGUUGCCAAGGUAGCACUGUGAGAAAUCUCACUUGAAUGUUAUGUAAGAGGUGAGACACAACUGUCUGACUGAGUGAAUAAGUAUCCUGGGUCUGUUAGUCAGUUUGAUUGCAUUUGCUGCUGCUGUUGCUACUGUUUGCCUCAAACGCUGUGUUUAAACAACGUUACAAAAAAAUCUUACCAGCCUGCAGAAUGGCUGUAUGUAAAUAGUUGUUAAUACAUCCAAUUAAUGAUGUCUGACAUGCUAUUUUUGUAGGGAGAAAAUGUGUUAAUGAUAUUUUGAGUUAAAUAUCUUUUGGGGAGGAUUUGCUGAAAAAAGUUGCACUUUUGUUACAAUGCUUAUGCUUGGUACAAGCUUAUGCUGUCUUAAAUUAUUUAAAAAAUAAAAUACUGUCUGCAAGAAAACAGCUGUUUUAGAACAGUUUAGUAUGUGAUAUAUUAGAAAUCAAUCUUUAUAUUCAGUAUUUUCCAGCACUCCACAAAUUCUGUUAUCUAAAUAUUUACACACUAUUUUGUGAUUUAAAAAAGUCUUACUAAGGAAUAAAAGCUUUAAUACACAACAUGGGGUUGUCUAGUAAUUAAAAAAUCCUAUAUUAAUACAGCAUAAUGGAUGCAUAGCAAACCUUAAAAAUGUCUAGUGCGAAUGUAGAUAGAAAUUUAUUUUGUCUUUGCAUAUUUUAAAGAUGGUUUUGCAUUUGCUUACUUUCCUUUGAGUUUAAUGAAUUGUAUUUUAGAGUGUGUACAUUACACAAAGCACUGCAUAAAGCAUGCAUGCCCACACAUUUCUAAUUAUAUUUUAAAUUGUUCUAUGCUUUUUUGCAGUAUAUUCAUUCUACAUUUUAAAGUGAUAAAAUAUAACAUAAUUCACACUAUAGAUAUUGUACAUAUUUAGUAAUUGUCCAUAAUUAUCAGACUUUAAUUAUCAGAUUUAUGACAGGUUGAUGGCAUUUGUUUCACAAAUGUUGGGGGAAAUCACCUAUAUCUGAAACUGGAAAUAUUGUAAAAAACCCAGCUUUAUAGGGAUACAAUCAAAUAAUUUACAGUAUGGGAAAAUCUUCCUCUAAAGACCUUAACAGUUUUAAUAUGGAGGAGAUUUGGGGCUUUUUUCCUUUUAAAAUUUCAUCAUCCUGUUCCUGAGAAAAUAAUUUUUAAAAAAGUAGGGAGAGUUUAUGUAAGAUAUAAAUAUAAAAACAAUGUUUUGUGCUCCCUCUACUGGUUCUUCAGUACCAAUUAACAAUCAAAGUGUUUUCAUAGCUGCACUGACAUUGGAUUGAGCUGCAGUACAAAUAUAGUAGCAAAUUUUCAAAAAAAAAUAAAAGGGGAGCCAUGUUAAUUUCAAUUUCCCUUAGAAAUACAGGAACAAAAUAAAGAAUUCAGGUAACAACAUAUUUUUUUAAACAACUCAGAUGGUAUUACGAGCAAGUAAGUCUACAUGGUUUCAUAGUAAAGCUAAGCUAAACUAAUUCACUAUAGACAUCUAGAUGAAUCAAUGAAUUGAUAUAAAACUAUGUAUAUAUUUUCAUUACUUGUAAUGUCUUCUGAAAGUUUAUUGUAAAAUAUUAAUAAUGGACCAGAUCCUGCAACCGUGUGUAAGUAAUCCUGUUGAAAACAGUUAUUUAUGGGUUUGAUCCAGAUCCCACCGAAGUCUGUGGAAAGACUGCCAUUAACUUCAGUGGUCUUUGGAUCAGGAUCUGUGCCUGGGAUUUCAAUCGAGUCAGAGGAAUGAAAUUCAAUUAGGCUUUCACUACAGACAAAAAUGCUCAACCUGUCUCAAUGGGUGGGCGAAAUGUGAUGGGGCUUGUGAAAGGGAACAGUCCUAGCAGCAAGGGAGGAGACUCCUGCCCGUGGGAGUCUCUGGUACUCUGGCCAGCUGGGAGAGAGCAUGCUAAUUGGCCAGCAUACCUCAGCUUCUGGGAUUUAAUUUAGAAAGGGGCCAUAUGGAGCCCCUUUCAGCUCCAUUCCAGCAACCCCAUGCUAACCACCCUGAACUAGGAAGGGAAUCUGGCCUGACAGAUGCUGUGUAUCUAGCCAAUUGCCUGUUUGCCAGGAAGGAUCUUUUUCUCCCAUGGAUUAAUUAGCAGUGGACCAGGGAACUUUUCACCUUCCUCACAGCAUCUUCAAGCCACAGUUGAUUAAGUAGGAAUAUGCUUAGUACCUAACUGAGGUACUGGAGGUGGAGUUCUUAAUUCAUUGCAACUUGCGGUCAGUUUCCAGUGCUCUUAAGAGGAUAAAAUGAACAGUUCCCAGAGGUAAAAGACCUGGGAUUUUGGUGAUGGGCCUUGGGAUCACGGAAUAGAGUGAGACUUUGUGGCCUUUGCAGGCUGAGGUCAGACCUUGUGGCCUUCGCAGGGCAAGGUCCCCACCCUUCUGCACCCUCUGUCCCCCUCACUGGGCAGAAGGUGUUAUGACUCAGAGCUGAGUCCUGGGAGUUAAGCUGAGGAGAGCCUACCCCAAACUAUGGGUAAUCUGGCAGGAGCCCUGUAAAGCCCCACACACUGGAACCAAUCAAAUACCUGGUAUAGGAGAGUGAGGGUGAUGGGUGGGUAGCACUUCUCCUCUAUGUUAAAGUUUAAUAAAAGUUGCAGCCUGCCACUUCAUUCCAUGCAUGUGUCUGUCCUCAUUUCAUCACUAUGUCCACAUCAAGUUGUACUGCUUUAACUGUAAUGGUAUAUCCUCCCACCCCCACCACACUGUGGAUGCAAUUGUGCCAGGAUAAAUGUUCUUAUACUGAUGUAGCUAAUUCCCCAUACAGGAAAGCUCGAAAGCUAUACUGGUCUAAGGCACCUUUCUACCAGUAUAACUGUGUUUACACUACUGCUAUAAUUAUAUUGGGGGGGGGGGGGAAAUCACAUCCUUAACUGACACAGUUAUACCAGUACAAAAAUUGUGUCGAUCAGGUCCAUGGCUUCUUAGAAAAUCCUACUCUCAAUGAAUAGGAGUCACAGGUUAGUAUUAGUAUCACUUUAGGCUCCAUUGGUUUGUAACCCUAUCCCAACAUCUUAAAUUUUAUGUUUUAAUCAAUUUCAAUGUUCACAGGUGUAGUAAAAGGAAUAAUUUUGUUAGUCAGUGCAUCAAAUAUGUUAAAGUUCAUGCCCCGUUAUAUCUUCAAGAUAUCCUCUUUAAAGCUGUUCCAGAAACAAAAUUUAGAGACAAAAUAUGGAUGGUUCAGUAAUGUUAAUGUUUUAACAAAAACAUAAAAAAACUCAUAGUUAAAACUGAUAAUAUAUUCCUGUAGAGGACAAAAGACAAAUGGUAGAAGGAAAUCUAAGAACUUUAAUUAUGAAAUUUCUGGCUUUUAUCAGUUCCAUGCCUUAGCUUUAUUUGAAGAAAUUCUGUUUUCACAUUUUCUUCCAGUUAAAAAAAAUUAGACAUUGAAUGAAACUGAUAUUUAAAAACAAAUUAUAUUUGUUCUUGUGCAAACGCAUAUUUAGACAUUAUUCAAGUUUGUGUUUCCCACCUGAUUUUUUUUUUAUAUUGGUAUAAUUUGUGGGCCCACUUCUGUAUUUCUGGACUUUUAGAAUGCAGGACUGGGCUUGAUAUUUUUUAUACAUACCUUGCUACAUAAUGUAUUUCUCAUAGACCAUAAUAUAUUGGCAAAUGUAUUUUCCUUACACAGCAAACUCUAAAAACAGGUAUUAUUUAUCCAGUAUAUCAUGGUGGCAUAAAAGGUUCCCCAAGCAAGGGGAAAAGACUAAUAGGGAAGGGUUGUGGACCAAACAGGAUGAAUAAGUAUCUCAGACAGGUUAAGAGAAAGCAGAAAGCCUACAAGGAAUGGAAGAAGGGAAGGAUCAGCAAAGAAAGGAUCAGCCUAUACCUCCUCUUGGAAGUAAGGAGGUAUAGGCGAAAAGUGAAAAUUGCCAAAAGCCAAGCAGAGCUGGACUUCACAAAGGAAAUUAAAACCAAUAGAAAAGGCUCUUUAGCUAUAUAAAUAAAAAGAAAACAAGGAAAGAAGAAAUGGGAUUCCUAAGCACUGAGGACAGGUGAAGAUUAAAGAUAACUAAAUUUGGCUUAGGGGCAAUGGCAGGGUGGCUAAGGGGAACAACAAUAUGGAAGUAGAAAUUACCAUAUCUAAGGUGGAAGCCAAACUCAAACAGCUUAAUGGGACCAAAUCAGGGGGCCCAAAUAAUGUCCAUCCAAGAAUAUUAAAAGAAUUGGCAUAUGAAAUUGCAAGCCUAAUAGCAAGGAUUUUUAAUGAAUCCCAUAAACUCUGGGGUGAUACCCUAUAACUGAAGAAUUGCAAAAUAUAGUACCUAUAUUCAAGAAAGGAAAAGUGAUCAGGAAAACUACAGACCUAUUAGUUUGACCUCAAUUGUAUGCAAAAUCUUAGAACAAAUCUUGAAAGACAAGAGUAAUUAAAGACAGAGGAAAAAGGUAAUACUGAAAGAUAAACUGUCAGGCUGGAGGAGGUUAUUAGUGGAGUUCCUCAAGGACAAAUAUGGAAGAGGAUCUGAAUAUCAUACAAGAAAAUAUGGAUGACCUUAAAAAACUGAAA